AUGGCAGGCCUGCGAUCGCUCGCCGCGCGGCUCGCGCCUCUGUGUAGGUCCUUCCACUCGUCGGUCGCGGCGAGAGACUUCGUGCCGAUCGUGGUUGACCGGGAGGAGGGAAUGUUUGAGAGGGCCAUGGACAUCUACUCCCGACUCCUGCGCGACCGCGUCGUGAUGCUCUACGGCCCCGUGCACGAGCUGUCGAGCCGCUCCAUCGUCGCGCAGCUGCUCUUCCUCGAGGCCGACGACUCGGAGAAGCCCAUCGAGCUCUACAUCAACUCCCCCGGCGGCGAGGUCAUGGCCGGCAUGGCCAUCUACGACACCAUGCAAUUCAUCAAGUGUCCCGUCCACACCACCGUCGUGGGCCGUGCCUUCUCGAUGGGCUCGCUCCUGCUCGCGGGCGGCGAGCCCGGGCAGCGCCGCGCGCUCCCGAACUCGAAGAUCAUGAUCCACCAGCCCCUCGGGGGCGCGCAGGGCUCGGCGGCGGACGUCAAGAUCGCUGUCGACGAGCUGCUCAAGACGCGCGACGAACUGCACCAGCUGUACGUCAAGCUCACGGGGCAGGACCUCGCCACCAUCGAGCGGGAGAUGGACCGCGACAAGUACUUCAAGGCGGAGGACGCGAUGCGGUUCGGGCUGAUUGACCAGGUCCUCGACAAGCGACCCGAGCCGCCAGCGGAGCCCGAGCACACGCUGUGA